CAACUAGUUAGGGCUCCACUCCCGGCACCCGGAACCACCCGUAAGAUUCGUAAUCCUCGUAAGCUUCGUAAGUUUUCUCUCCUCCCAACUUCCCCCCGACCUUGAUCUUCUCUCUUGAUGACUCGAAAGGGCCUCCGGAGAUCGCGGAAUGGAUGCCUCCAAUGCAAACGCCGGAGUGUCAAGUGCGACGAGAGGCGUCCCAAGUGUACGCACUGCCAAUAUCGAUUAGAACAAUGUCAAUAUGCCGAUGCCAGUCCACGGUCAUGGACCGAGGCUAGUGCAGAGGAUCCUCCUCCAUUGCAAACGGCUCCAGUGACCUCGGAGACCCGAGAGAGCGCCCCCCCUUCAAGUCCGGACCAAUUCAAUCUCUUACAUCUAAGACUGCUUCUCAACUGGACAACGUCAACCUGCCAUUCCAUCUCUCGGAACAGCGCAGACCUCAGAAUAUGGCAAACCACAGUCCCCGGGAUGGCAUUGUCCCACCCUUACCUCCUGCAUGGCCUCUUCGCCGUGUCGGCGCUCCACCUCUCCCUUUCCAUGACGGGUCAGAACCCUGACCGAGAAGAGCUGAUCAAGGCGGCUGAAUACCACCAAAGUGAAGCCAUCAGGAUCUUCACGCCUAUCAUUGGCAACCUCACCCCCUCACAGUACGAGGCGACAUUUACACUGUCGAACCUCUUAGUCACCAUCGCUCUCACCUUCCCCCUGGUCCAUAAUAGCGUGGCCGGGAGAAUCCCCGAUGUACUUGACGAGUUGACCCGGGUGUUUGCAUUCGUGCGCAAAAUGACCCAGUUCUACGCUUAUAUCGUAGAGUCUGUCAAAGACGGCGAAAUCGCCCAGUUGACCUCGUUUGAGGAGACUAGGGGUAGCUUGUCGUAUACCAUUCAGUCCAGAGUGUCGGCUCUUCAUGAGCUGAAUACCACACAUAUACUGGAACCAAAUGCUCACCUGGCUUUCCGAGAUACCAUUGACCGGUUAGCGAGUACCUUGGCCAGGAUGUACAGUGGACAGGAGAUUUUCUCGGCGGGUUUCUUGUGGAUGGCGCAGAUUCCCGCCCAGUAUUUUGAUCGGCUUCAGGACCGACACCCUCUUUCUUUGGUCAUUUUGGCGCAUUACUGCAUCGUACUUGACCAUAUGAAUCGAUAUUGGUGGAUUCAGUCAUGGGGCAGACAAGUGCUGGAAGCAAUUCGGACUGUCUUGGAACCCGGCUGGCGUGUGCAUAUUUCAUGGCCGCUUGAAGUUGUUGGUAUAUGAGCCUUGGAAAUUAGAUCAAUGAUAGGCUGUACAUCAGACUGUACU